UCCAUCUCUCUAUCUUCCACCUUUCCAUCCCUCCCAUCCCUCCCUCCACCUUCCCUCCUUCCCAGCCCCCGUCUCCCUGGUCUCUCUUUCCCCCCACCCCCCCCCCUUUUUUUCUUUUUUUUUUUUUUUCUUCGCUACUCCCUCCUCCUCCUCCUCCUCCUCCUUCCCCGGCGCCUCCUCCUCCUCCUCCUCCCCCGCCCGGUACCGCAUUGCCGUAGUGCGGGGGGGCCGCUGCAUUGCGCUGCCGCCGUCAAUAGGUGGGCCCCUCCCGGGGAGAUAAAGCCGCCGGAGCCCAAGCUGGCAGCCUCUGCCGCCCCGACUGCCGCUCCGCCUCCCCGAAAAGGCAGCUGCGUUCCCACAGCCCUCCCCAGCACCACCCACCCGUGCCAGCCCCACGUAGCCCAGCAGCAUGGGGAAGGAGAAGACACACAUCAACAUCGUCGUCAUCGGGCAUGUGGACUCUGGGAAAUCCACCACCACCGGGCACCUCAUCUACAAAUGCGGGGGCAUUGACAAAAGGACCAUUGAGAAAUUUGAGAAGGAGGCUGCUGAGAUGGGGAAAGGGUCCUUCAAAUAUGCCUGGGUGCUGGACAAGCUGAAGGCUGAACGUGAGCGUGGCAUCACCAUUGAUAUCUCACUGUGGAAGUUUGAGACCACCAAGUACUACAUCACCAUCAUUGAUGCACCUGGACACAGGGACUUCAUCAAGAACAUGAUCACUGGGACCUCCCAGGCUGACUGUGCCGUCCUCAUCGUGGCAGCCGGCGUCGGGGAAUUUGAGGCUGGCAUCUCCAAGAACGGGCAGACCCGUGAGCACGCCCUGCUGGCUUACACCCUGGGGGUGAAGCAGCUCAUUGUAGGCAUCAACAAGAUGGAUUCCACAGAGCCCCCUUACAGUGAGAAACGCUACGACGAGAUUGUCAAGGAGGUCAGCGCCUACAUCAAGAAGAUUGGCUACAACCCGGCCACGGUUCCCUUCGUGCCCAUCUCGGGUUGGCAUGGAGACAACAUGCUGGAGCCCUCUCCCAACAUGCCCUGGUUCAAAGGCUGGAAGGUGGAACGCAAGGAAGGCAACGCCAGUGGGGUGUCCCUCUUGGAGGCUCUGGACACCAUCCUGCCCCCCACCCGCCCCACAGACAAACCCCUGCGCCUGCCCCUCCAGGAUGUCUACAAGAUUGGAGGGAUUGGCACAGUCCCCGUGGGCCGGGUGGAGACCGGCAUCCUGCGUCCCGGCAUGGUGGUCACCUUCGCUCCUGUCAACAUCACCACCGAGGUGAAGUCCGUGGAGAUGCACCACGAGGCCCUGAGCGAGGCCCUCCCUGGGGACAACGUUGGCUUCAAUGUCAAGAACGUCUCCGUCAAGGACAUCCGCCGGGGGAACGUCUGCGGGGACAGCAAAUCCGACCCCCCCCAGGAGGCUGCCCAGUUCACGUCUCAGGUGAUCAUCCUGAACCACCCCGGGCAGAUCAGUGCUGGUUACUCGCCCGUCAUCGACUGCCACACCGCCCACAUCGCCUGCAAGUUCGCAGAGCUGAAGGAGAAAAUCGACCGGCGCUCCGGCAAGAAGCUGGAGGACAACCCCAAAUCCCUGAAAUCCGGAGACGCGGCCAUCGUGGAGAUGAUCCCUGGAAAACCCAUGUGUGUGGAGAGCUUCUCCCAGUACCCACCCCUCGGCCGUUUCGCUGUCCGUGACAUGCGGCAGACCGUGGCCGUGGGCGUCAUCAAGAACGUGGAGAAGAAAAGUGGUGGGGCUGGGAAAGUCACCAAGUCUGCCCAGAAGGCCCAGAAAGCUGGGAAAUGAAUCGUGGGCUCCCAGUGCAUCGUGCAGAAACCAUCCCUGACACCAGGACUCUGCCACCGUCUCCCCCGGGCGCAUGUGUGCACAUCAGCUUGUAAGAGUUUAUAUGUCAACGACUGGAUGCUCACCAUUAAGGUCCAGUGGAAAUUCUUUAAAAGGAAAAGCAUGUUCCAGCGUUUGUGAGGCUUCAUGUUAAUUUUACCAAUAAAACUGGUACAACAUCCACAGUGGGGGGGAAAAAAAAAAAAAAAAAAAAAAAAAAGCAAA